GCCUCAGUAACGCGCGAAAGGGGUACGGAGUAACAUAUAAGUGACAAGUGAGUAGUAAGUGUAGUGAAUAGUGAGAGCGUGCCAACGAGUGUUUUGUGGUUCCAGAAAUAUUUUCUCUAUUUUUUUUUUAUUUUUUUUUGUUUGUUAUUAAAUUAAAUUUAUCAUUCCCAUAAUCAUGGCCGAUUCUUUGCACUACUACGAUGGUUUCCGAACAUUCUCAUGGUUCGCAGAUUUCGUCGGUUUGCCAAUCGAUCAGGCUAACUUUGUUAUAACGCAAUUCAUUGCAUUGCUGUUGGCUGGAUUAUUCAGGUCAUCCCUAAGUCAUAAAGUAGUUAAACCAGCUACCAGACAUUGGUUUGGUCUUACAAUUGGUCUCGCACUUGGAUACUUCUGCUUUGGCAGACAAGCGAUACAUUUGGUGGGUCUUCCAGUAUUCUGUUAUACCGCAAUGAGAACACAAAAUGCUGCUUGUAUGCAAAGGGCUGUUCUAGUCGUUGCAUUAGCAUAUUUGUCUACUAUACACAUACACAGACAACUCUACGAUUACGGGUCGUAUACUCUAGACAUUACUGGUCCUCUCAUGGUGAUCACGCAAAAAGUAACGAGUCUAGCGUAUAGCUUGCACGAUGGAUUGGCUAGGAAUAAGGAGGAAUUAACACCCUUACAACGACGCCAAGCCGUCUAUAAAAUGCCAACGAUGAUGGAAUACUUCAGUUACGUAUUUCACUUUCAAGCUUUAAUGGCGGGCCCAGUAAUAUUUUAUCGUGAUUAUAUCGAUUUUAUAAACGGAGAUCAUAUGAAAGAUACUACUAAAUCAUUGACGGAUGAAAACAAUGAGAAAACAUUGGAAAACGUUAACGAGAUUGUAUUAGAACCAUCACCGAUGAAAGUUGUUGUUAAGAAGGUGAUAGCUAGUUUAAUGUGUGCUGCUCUCUUCGUUUCCUUAAUUCCUUUGUUCUCAAUUCAGAAAUUAAAAGAUGAUGACUUUUUACAAGAAACACUAUUUUAUAAAUUAUGGUACAUAAUCGUAGUGACUUCAUUGGUUCGUUUUAAAUAUUAUUAUGCUUGGAUAUUUGCCGAUGCUAUUUGUAAUAAUUCAGGACUUGGUUUUGAUGGAUACAAAGAAGAUGGUGAACCACGGUGGGAUAAAUUUGCCAAUGUUAACAUUAUUCAAUUUGAGGCAUCUCUUAAUUUAAGAGACAGUAUAACUAAUUGGAACAUGGGAACCAAUAGAUGGUUGAGAUCUAUGGUGUACGAUAGAGUUAAACGACAAAAGGUAAUAUUUACGUAUGCCUUAUCAGCUUUAUGGCACGGAUUUUAUCCUGGUUAUUAUUUUACCUUUGCCAACGGAGUAUUCUUUACAUUAGCAGCUCGUAACGUUCGUCGCUAUGUUAGGCCAUUCUUUUUGGGCUCGAAAAACAUGAAAUUCUUUUACGAUGUGAUGACGUUCAUCAUAACAAGAAUUAUUAUGGCCUACAUAUCGUUCGCUUUUAUUCUUUUGGAGUUCCUACCGAGCAUUAGACUGUACCUGCACAUGUACCUGUUACCACAUCUCUUCGGAUUGGUUGCUAUAGUCAUUGUACCAUGUUUAUUAAGUUCACGUCUUCCAGAGAGAGCAACUGAAACUUCCAACAAAUUAUCUUCCGAUACUUCUAACGUUCGCAAUGGAAAUUUGAAACACAAAACUAUGUGAGAACGACGAGAAAAAGAUUAUCGUCGUGUAUUAAAUAAUAAACUAACAUAUUAACUCUUUCCCACAAGCACACACGCACACACAUACACAAAAACACAUAUAC